AUGUUGAAAACUUUAAGUAAAUUGGAUUCGGAUGAAUCAAAUGUGCUGUGGGAGGAUAAAGAAGUUAAAUUUGAUACUCCGCAACUUCACACACGGCUACGCAAUGGAGAGAAAAUUCUGGAUACUAUUUUUCACAUAGAGGAUAGCAAGGGUAAUCCGGGCGAUACGGGCAAAUUGCUAGUGACCAACUUGCGCAUUAUUUGGCACUCGCUGGUGCAUAAGAAAUUUAAUUUGUCUAUCGGGUAUGCACGAAUAAACAAUGUAAAUACGCGUAUGAUGCACCUUCACACAAGUGGACGCAUGCCCAGCCAGGCUCUCUAUAUACUCGCGCUGAGCAAUGAGACACGUUUCGAGUUUCUCUUUACGGAUGUCUCGGGCGAAACGGCGCGUCGUGAACAGCCCAUCUUCGCGAGCGUACUGGACGUGCAUCAAUUAUAUCAACGCACUUUUCUAUAUCGUGAUUUGAAAUUGCGUGGAGCUAUUGUGCAAGCUGGACAGUUGAUAAUAUUGCCAGGCGAGCAAGUUUAUAGCCAGGUGCAAGGUGUUUGGAAUUUGUCCAGUGAUCAGGGCAACUUGGGCAGCUUUGUGGUUACAAAUAUUCGCCUAGUUUGGUAUGCAGAUGCCAAUGAGUCUUUCAAUAUAAGCCUGCCCUAUCUGCAAAUUGACAAUCUACGCAUACGUGAAUCCAAAUACGGUCCGGCAUUGGUCAUACAGACCGCCGAGACAGGUGGCAGCUAUGUGCUGGGCUUUCGCAUCGAUCCUGUCGAGCGUCUAAACGAGUUGUUUAAGGAACUAAGCUCAUUGCAUAAGGUAUACACCAAGCAGCCCCUCUUUGGCAUUAAUUAUGAUCCACAAGAUGCGCGACAGCGUAUGGCUGCUGCUGCUGAGGAGGCAGCGCAGGCGGCACAAUUUAAGGUUGAGGACUUUCAAGAGUUGGACGAGAGACAGGAGCGUGAAAUUAAUACAAAAUUGAACAACUACUUGGCCGAGGGUUGCCUGGGUAUUGGGUCCAACGAUGAGAGCUCUGAGGAGCCUGUUUAUUGCAAGGAGUUGGGCUUUGCUAUGGAACGCAUUCGCGAUGGUUAUAAGCUACAGGAUUUGUGGCAUGUACUGCCCACUAACAUGGACACCUUAGAAGAUUAA